AUGAGGGUGAUGCUGUUGGCUGUGGUUUACAUCCCGUUAACCCUGGCUGUGGAACGAAUCCCCCUCAUUCGAUUCAAAUCUAUCAAGAAACAGCUGAAGGAAAAGGGAGAAUUAGAGGAAUUUUGGAGGAAUCACCACCCUGACAUUUUUGCCCGGAGGUACCUGCAUUGCUUCCCUGCAGAUAUUGCUUUAUCAGUCGGAACCGCUUCAGAAAGGCUGUAUGAUUACAUGAAUGCACAGUACUAUGGAGUUGUGAGUGUCGGCACACCGCCCCAGAAGUUCACCGUCGUGUUUGACACCGGCUCCUCCAACUUUUGGGUCCCUUCUGCUUAUUGCAUCAGCGAAGCAUGCAGGGUGCACCAGAAAUUUAAGUCCUUCCUGUCAGAUUCGUAUGAGCACGGAGGGGAAGCCUUCUCCUUGCAGUAUGGCACGGGACAGCUUCUGGGCAUUGCUGGCAAAGACACGCUGCAGAUAAGUAACAUCUCCAUCAAGGGCCAGGACUUUGGCGAGUCGGUGUUUGAGCCAGGGGUAACCUUUGCUCUUGCCCAUUUUGAUGGUGUGCUGGGCUUGGGCUACCCCUCCUUGAUAGUGGGUAAUGCUUUGCCCGUGUUUGACAGCAUCAUGAACCAGCAGCUGGUAGAGGAGCCAGUGUUCUCUUUCUAUCUAAAAAGGGGAGAUGACACUGAGAAUGGUGGUGAGUUGAUUCUGGGGGGGAUAGACCAUUCUCUCUACAAAGGUUCGAUCCACUGGGUCCCAGUCACCGAGAAAAGCUAUUGGCAAAUACACCUGAACAAUAUAAAGAUCCAGGGCCGGGUGGCAUUUUGCUCCCAUGGCUGUGAAGCCAUCGUUGACUCAGGCACUUCUCUUAUCACGGGCCCCUCUUCACAAAUCAGGCGAUUACAGGAGUAUAUUGGGGCAAGUCCGUCGCGUACUGGAGAGUUUCUUGUAGACUGCAGAAGACUGUCAAGCUUGCCUCACAUAAGCUUCACGAUUGGACACCAUGAGUACAAGCUGACAGCAGAGCAGUAUGUCAUAAAGGAGUCUAUUGAAGACCAAACCUUCUGUAUGAGCGGCUUUCAGGCUCUUGAUAUCCCCACUCGCAAUGGCCUGCUCUGGAUUUUAGGAGAUGUCUUUAUGUCUGCUUUUUACUGCAUUUUUGACCGUGGGAAUGACAGAGUGGGAUUUGCAAAAGCUGCUCAUAGCAAGGAUUAUGACUGA